UUCAGGUCUCUCCAGGUGCAGCUGAUCAACAGGAACAGGCUGACGAGCGCGUAGUCACCUUCCCGGCACUGCUCAGCGUAACUGAAGUGUAAUAAAGUGACACGUUCUUUUAUAGGUUGUGAUGGAGGUUUAAAAGAACAAACAACCUUCACUCGGUUCAUCUGUUCACCUGAGGGACGAGGAAGAGGAAGACUGCCGCUCAUGGCUGUGAUUUUAGUCGCUCUCUUAUUGGUGUGCACUGUUGAAUGGGACAAGAGUUUAUUCGCAGCCGCUCAGUCCUGUGUGGAUGAGAGCAGGUUUAAGGAGCAGGUGCUCUAUGUGGGGCAGCAGUGGCCUCCAUAUCGGCUGAACUGCCCUCUGGAGCUUGUCCAGUCCCAGAGCUCCCCCCAGCUCAAGCUGACCUGGCAGAAGGACUGUCAGCAGUUCCCCACCCAGGAAGGGAAGGCCUACGUGGAGUUUGCCAGCCUCAGCUUCCAAGACCAAGGGAAUUACACCUGUGUGCAACAGGGCAACAGCACAACCUCAUCCACAGUGCGUCUCAUAGUUAAAGAAUCCCAGUGCUCCAAAGCCCCAGAGUUUAAACCAAAUGGGAAUCUGACCAGACUCGGGAGGAAUGUUGGAUCCACGGUGAUACUGAACUGCUCUGCUCUCCUCUUCUGGGACCCAAAAGAGAAGCAAUGUGACACCACGCUGCAGUGGAGUAAAGAUGACCAACCCCUCACCAAUCACACACUUUACACGCAUAAUAUCUCCUCAUGGUCUCCUGUUGCCGGCCAGCUGAUGGUAAACAGUCUGCUGGAGAUCACCCUCAGGGAGCUGGACGACUUUGGGCUCUACAGUUGCGCAGUGAGGAACGUUUCCUCUGAUUUCAGCCUAGACAAUUCAAGCAUACCCAGCCACACGGCUGCUGUUAUUGCAGCCAUCAUCCUCCUCCUGUUACUGAGUAUAGCUGCUGUCGUGUACUCCCGGUGUCACCUAAAUAUCAAACUGUGGUACAGAAACACCUACGGAGACUAUGAACUCAAUGAUGGCAAAUUAUAUGACGCCUAUAUCUCGUACGUGAACAACGACCAUGACAGGAAGUUUGUCAACUUUAUUCUCAAACCUCACCUGGAGAAUAAAAAUGCAUACAAGGUGCAUCUCAAUGAAAACGAAAUCCUACCUGGCUCAGAACCUUCUGCGGAGCUGCUCAUGAACAUAAGUCGCUCUCGGCGUCUGAUCGUCGUGCUCUCUUAUGCUUACCUUGAGCAGGACUGGUGCUGCAACAACUUCAGACAGGGCCUUCUGCACUUGUUGGAGUUAUGUAAGAGUCCCAUCCUCAUCAUGUUGGAGGGUCAGUCCAAACGCAUGAGGCCUGAAAUCAAGCAGCAGCUCAGUGAACACCAGCACCGCCUCACUGUACUUACCUGGAGGUACAACUCUGUGACUCCCUCCUCAGUCUUCUGGAAGGAGCUGGCCUUAGCGAUGCCUCGCAAAGUCGUCUUUCGCAGUGAGUCUGUAGGUGACCCUCAGACUAUGCUACAAGAUGACAAGGACCCCAUGCUGACCCUCAACCCCGACUACCUAGACUGCCGCUCAGACACGGACCCUGCUGGAGAUCUAGGGCUUCGCCUCCCUGUGUACAAGGCCAUGACCUGUAAAGCCCCUGUCCUCCCUCCUGCUACCAUGAAUGCAGCUGAGCCCAAACCUGUGGACAUCGACGUGUCGGACCUGGGGUCACGUAACUAUGGAGCCCGCUCAGACUUCUACUGCCUGGUCACUGAGGAGGACAUAUGAUCUGCUGAAAAUGAACACCUACACGGAUAUCCUCCUUGGCAUUGCUUUAUCUUUAUCCAUGCCAUUAUGUUAUAUAUCUUGUUGUUUUUCUGUACAGUGUGUUCUUAAAAUCAAAGUGUUGCCUUUUUUCUCUUCCCCCUUACCAAAGACUUUUAUUUUCUAUUGUUGUGUAAAAGCUAUACAAAAAAUUAUCUUAAAUGAUUUAAUCAAUCUGCAAAAUAAGUUACUGACUGUAUGUUUUUUUUAUUGAUUGUUAUUUUACAGCCAAGUUCUCUCUUUGAGCUCCCAGCAGAGGGCAGAGUUAUGUCAGAAAAGUUGAAGGGAUUUUGUUUUUUGAGCAGUUUAUUUGACAGCUGACAGUAAACCGAAGGUUGGGAAUAUAUGUGAGAGAGAGCCUGAAGUCAGACAGAAUACUGGUAUCUGUUCUCAUGCCAGUCAACUGAAACAGGAGAACGCUCAUGACUGAAGAACUCUUAUUUCUUGACAUUUCUGUAGCGAUGGCAGUUUUGCGUGCAAUGUAAAUUAAAUGAUAACAACAUGACAGGCACAUGAAUAAAGCAGUUUGGCAAAACUC